AUGCCGCGUUCGUUCCUGGUUAAGAGCAAAAAAGCUCACAGUUACCACCAGCCGCGCUCCCCGGGACCUGACUAUUCCCUCCGCCUGGAGAAUGUCCUGGCGCCAGGCGGAGCAGACGGCACCUCGAGCACAGGCGGGGCGAAGGCGGAGCUCCGGGGCCGUGUGUCCCCCGAGUCUCAGCUGACCGAAGCCCCCGACAGAGCCUCCGCGUCCCCUGGCAGCUGUGAGGGCAGCGUGUGCGAUCGGAGCUCGGAGUUUGAAGAUUUUUGGAGGCCUCCGUCGCCUUCUGUGUCUCCAGCCUCGGAGAAGUCGGUGUGCCCGUCGCUGGACGAAGCUCAGCCCUUCCCCCUGCCCUUCAAGCCGUACUCGUGGAGCGGCCUGGCGGGUUCCGAUCUGCGGCACCUGGUGCAGAGCUACCGGCCGUGCGCGGCCCUGGAGCGCGGCGCCGGCCUGGGCCUCUUCUGCGAGCGCGCCCCGGAGCCAGGCCAUCCCGCGGCCCUGUACGGCCCGGAGCGACCUGCGGGCGGCGCGGGGGCCGGGGCGCCCGGGGGAGGCAGCGCAGGAGGUGGAACUGCCGGCGGCGCGGGCCUGGGGCUCUUCGGCGACUUCGGGCCCGCGGCGGCAGGACUGUACGAGCGGCCGGCCACCGGCGGACUGUACCCGGAGCGCGGCCACGGGCUGCUCGGCGACAAAGGCACGGGCGUCAAGGUGGAGUCGGAGCUGCUGUGCACCCGCCUGCUGCUGGGCGGCGGCUCCUACAAGUGCAUCAAGUGCAGCAAGGUGUUCUCCACACCGCACGGGCUCGAGGUGCACGUGCGCAGGUCCCACAGCGGCACAAGACCCUUUGCGUGCGAGAUUUGCGGCAAGACCUUCGGGCACGCGGUGAGCCUGGAGCAGCACAAAGCCGUGCACUCGCAGGAACGGAGCUUUGACUGUAAGAUCUGUGGCAAGAGCUUCAAGAGGUCAUCUACGCUGUCCACACAUCUGCUCAUCCACUCAGACACCCGGCCCUACCCUUGUCAGUACUGCGGCAAGAGGUUCCAUCAGAAGUCAGACAUGAAGAAACACACCUUCAUCCACACUGGCGAGAAGCCCCACAAGUGCCAGGUGUGUGGCAAAGCAUUCAGCCAGAGCUCCAACCUCAUCACCCACAGCCGCAAGCACACAGGCUUCAAGCCCUUCGGGUGCGACCUGUGUGGAAAAGGCUUCCAGAGGAAGGUGGACCUCAGGCGGCACCGGGAGACGCAGCAUGGGCUCAAGUGA